AUGAACUUUUCUUCCUCAGCCACAAGCUCUCAGACCGCUCCUCAAUUGACGCCAACGUCCUCAACCUCAUCUAGAAAGCGUGCAAGGAGCACUUCAUCAUCCUUCACUAUUCGCCCCUCACCACCAUGUGGCAUCUCGCCAGACCCCGCUGCCACGAAGAUGGAACAAGCGAUACGAGAUCUGAGAGCGGCAGAGCAAGAUCUUGGAAUUAUCAAGAUUCAAAGGGAAGAUAGAAAGAAGGAUUUGAUCCUUGCUCACAAAGAUUAUCUGGGAACGAGGAUGAAGGUCAAGAUGCUAAAAGAGAGAAUGGAUAGGUUAAGUGUGGAAGAGGAACUGGAAAUUUCACAAGGGAAGCUGAAGGAAGAGAUGGAAUCAGCCAAGCAUUUCGAACAAAGAACUCGGGAGCUUGAGGAUGACAACGCCACGAUGAGAAAAGCUAUGAAGGGACUUGAAGAAACUUACACGAGUAAAAUGGAGGAAAUGGAGAGAGGAAGAAUGCAAGAUAUGAUGGCUAAAGAUGCUAAAAUCAAUGAAAUUGCUAAUUUGCUUGAGGAAAAUAAGAAAGUUGAAGGAUAG